AUGGAUAUUUUGCUUUCACUUCAACCAGAUUUGACUACAGUGAGACUGGUCAACUCUAAAAGGAGCUGCUCUGGCAGAGUGGAGAUCUUCCACAACGGCAAUUGGGGGACGGUGUGCGACGACGUUUGGGAUUUGAAUGACGCUCGGGUGGUGUGUCAACAGCUGGGCUGUGGCAAGGCUCUGUCAGCACCAAGAAGGGCACACUUUGGACAAGGCAGUGGACCAAUCUGGCUGGAUGACCUUCAGUGUGCAGGAACUGAGUCAUCACUAAAAGACUGUACACACAGAGGAUUAGGAACCCACAACUGUGGUCAUUCUGAGGAUGCUGGUGUCGUCUGUGAAGGUUUUGCAGUAGGACAUCUGUUAACACCGACCAUUGGACCAAAAACCUGCGAGGACUGACCGAAUGCUGUGUAUAUGUAUUUAAAUAUAUACAAAAUUAAAAUCAAUAUUCACUCUCG